UGGUAAAAAGGUAAUAACCAUUUUGAUUAGCCCAAAUGGGAACGUCCGAGCGGGGAAGACCGGCACUCGGCUAGUCAAAUCUCCGGACUGACUUGCUAUUGCGUUCACUCCUUCAUCAAUUUCACCUCCUCCAAUUGCAUUGAAGCUUAAUCAGACAUGGAACCCCGCUCUCCAAAGUCUACCUCCUUCGCUUCGCUGCUUUCCAUAUGUUUAUUCUUCACGUCUGUUCGUUCUGCUCCAUCAUUCAUCGGAGUUCACCCCCUCGAUGAGAAGUAUUAUUCCUCCGAGGUCAUAAAAUGCAAGGAUGGUUCUAGGUCUUUUACUAUAGAUCGUCUCAAUGACAAUUUCUGUGACUGCGUUGAUGGAACCGAUGAGCCUGGUACAUCUGCCUGUGCAAGAGGGAAAUUCUAUUGUCGGAAUAUGGGAAGUACACCACGGUUUAUUUUUUCUUCCCGUGUCAACGAUCAUAUAUGUGAUUGCUGUGAUGGAAGUGAUGAAUAUGAGGGUAAUAUCUUUUGCCCGAACACAUGUGUCAUGGGGGGGAAUAUGUACAAGAGCAAAAAUGAUAUUUCAACCACCCGAGAUGUUGAUAUAGUCAUCAGAAAAGUUAAGGAAGAAAUCACCAAGGAGGACUUGUUCCAAAAGCUAACUGGUUUGAAGCUAGUAAUAAUCCUACAGGUAGCUCUCACAAGUUUUGCAAUCCUCAUUUGGGCAAACCGUUGUCGUGUGAAAUCUAAGAGAAGACGACACCGUUGAAGCGAGCCGCAAUCGUCAUUCCUUAAUCUUCACUAUAAUCCCAAGUACAUCUUCCAGUUCCAUAUAUAACUUCUCCAGUCUAUCCUCUUAGUCUAAAUUGUUUAUCAAUCAAUGUUCAUUCAUUCUCCAGGCUUCUCUUAUCAGCACGAUUACGUGAUGUCGUUCUUUCAGAUGCUCACAAAGCUCAACACGCUGGAUAAAGAACUACUGAUCCAUUAGUCUUAACAGACCAUGAUAGAUUAGCUGCCUAAACCCAACCUUGUUAUUUAUAUAUAAAGAUCACAACAACACAAUGGAUUGCCUACCCAAUCUAUAUCAAUGUUGUAACAUUUGGGCUAGAUUCACUCAAUGUACCAUAUCAAAAAGAACAAAUUUUGUUACAAUGUUUGUCUUGCACGACCUCAAUAACUUUUGUCGAAGUUUGCAGCCUUUGAUUAUGCAAUGAACCAAAUGAACGUUGUGUAAAAGUAAAAUCUGGUGUACAUGAAAGAGGGCAAGUUUUCCAAAAAUGGAAACUGGGGUCUCAUUUUCAACCUCAAAUUCAUCUAUUCCCAAUCGAAGAUUCAUGUUAAUGUUUUUUA